AUGUCUUCUCGUGCAAUCCGCAAGCUUCAGAAGCUGCGCGAGCAGGAGCUGCAACAGGAACAAGAGCAGCAAGAUGAAUCCAGUGACGACGAACCCCCGCGCCCCGCGAAGCCAAAAUUCAACGCUUUCGAUCUUCUGGAUGCCGGCGACAAUGACAAUGACGAUGACACAGAACCCGAUGAUGAAGUUUCAGAACCUGUGAUACAGCAAACAGAACCAGAGCCUGCGCAGACAGAAACCAGGAGUGGCAGCAAGAAAAAGAAGAAGAACAAGAAGAACAAGAAGAAGGCCAAAUCGGCGGCGCUGGCUGAAACGGAACCUAUUCAAUCUGAUGCUGAACUGGAUGAGAUCGAUCGAGCUCUGAAGGACCUCGCCACAGGUGGUCAAAUGCCAGCUGGAGUUGGUGCAGCGGCUACAGUCAAAGAUACCCAAGAUGCCUCAUUUCCCCAAAGCACCGCUGAAUUACUUGCGGUCGAUCCCAAGUUUUUGAAUGCGACGAACGAGAUGAAACGGCUGUUUGGUAAUGUGGUGCUGGAAAACUUUGACCAGCCGGCCGAUACGGGCACUGGCCGUCGACGGGAUCGCAAUCGGGAGACGGUUGACCUUGGUCGAGCUCUGACGGGACAAUACAGCCCAGCUAGCAGAGGCCAGAGCUUAGCUGGUGUGACAUUACGGCGAAACAUCCUUAUGCAAGGCAAGGAUGAGUGGCCUCGAGCACCGAGUGGUGGACUGGGCAUGGAGCUUGAGAAGAAGCUCGCUUCAGGAGAUACACUCUACCGGAUUGUUCACAAUGCAGCCUAUGAAGAUGUACAAAGACAGUUUGAGCUUUGUGUUGAAUCGAUGGACCCGCAGCGGCUAAUCCACCAUCUUCAAUACAAUCCCUAUCAUAUCUCCACCCUUCUUCAGGUCUCUGAGAUUGCGAAACAUCAGAGUGAUCAUGCUGUCUCCGCUGACCUCCUGGAGAGAGCCUUAUUCAAUAUAGGGCGCUCGGCCCAUUCUUCAUUCAACACAAGGCUUAGAGAAGGCCAAGCAAAGCUGGACUUUUUGCAUACGGAGAACCGUGAGUUGUGGCUUGUCGGUUGGAGGUAUAUAGCAAACUUGGGCAUGAAGGGGACAUGGAGAACUGCGUACGAAUGGGCCAAGCUGUUACUAAGCUUGAAUGACUCCGACCCCUACUGCAUGAAGCUGCUGAUCGAUCAUCUUGCUCUCCGUGGUCGAGAGUAUACCCAAUUUGUGGAUUUAUGCACCAAAACACGGUUCAGUCGUGAUUGGGCUGAUCUUCCAAACAUCCAAUGCUCGUUGGUCGUGGCUUAUUUGCGGCUGAACAGGCCCCAGGACUGCCGCCGGCAGCUUCACCAUGCCAUGUCUCGCUAUCCAUGGAUGUUCAACAGGCUAGCCCAAGAGCUGGACCUUCAGCACAUCCCUAAGCAGAUCUGGGGCAAGAUGCCUCCUACUGGAUCUCACGAGCUUCUUACCGAACUCUACAUUUCGCGUGCGAAGGACCUUUGGAACACACCGGAAGCUGUUGCUCUUAUUGUGGAGGUUGCUGAUACUCUUUCCGGCGAUGAAGAGUCUAUUGAGCCGCCGGAGAUUACUUUGGAUAUCGCCCGUCAUGUUAUCCUUUCUGAUAUUCCCAAAGUCACAACCCAUCUCCCCAACCGCUUCGUGUCAGGCCGAAUGUCUGCUUCAGAUCCCCUUCCACCAUAUGAGUCCGAGGCUUUCCGUCAGCAGGAUGACCCAACACCGUCUUACCUCGCACGAGUUCCAGAAGGUGCACGGCCGCAGUGGCUCCGUGACCUUCUCGAUCAAUUACACAAUGGUGGUGGUAUUCGCUUCCCCGGUUUCCACGGGGGUGGCGAUGAAGAAGAUGGCGAUGAUAUCCCGCAAGACGGAGCUGAGGACGCCGGUGGUCGUGUACGCGCCUUGGCUGGCGAUCAGCAAGUCCUCGAGCAAUGGCUCUUACAGGAUGGUUUGGAGUCAUUGCAGAUGUUCCUACAUGAAUAUGGAGUUGAUCGAGGGAAUUGGGGGGAUGUGGUGGACUACGCUCCGCUGACGGAUUACCUGGAAGCCCUCCAGGAAAUCCAACCUGAGACAUCUAGGCAACGACUACUACACGGUCCAAUUCAGGAGGUAAUUGGGGAGUUUGCGGUUACCAUGCUCCAGGAUGAACUGGAGAUGUUAGAGGAAGAGGUGGUGUCAGACGGUAGCGGCUGA